AUGGCAACCAAAAUCGACCAGAAAGAAUACCUAAAACGUUACCUUUCCAAUGAUAAGGACAAGAAAAAGAAAAAGAAGAAAAAGGAUAAAAAAGCUGGUAAACCGGGCAACGUCGUUAUCGUCGAUGAUGAUUUGGAUUUAACGGAACUGCAAAGAAGGAUGGAUGCCGAUGAAACGGAUCUGUUCGGUCUCGAUGAAGAGGCACCGUUGGUAGUUGGGAUUAUCGAUGAACGACCGCCUGAAUUGAGAGCGAAGGAGGAUUUCAGCACCACCAAGUGGAAAGCUGUUGCUACAACGGAUAGUUUUGAUAGUAUGUUACAGCAAACGAGCCGAGCGGACAAGUCGCAUACGAAACGCAAAAGUGUAAGUCCACCGUCUAGAAGUGUGUCACGACGACAGAGAAAAGAUUCGGAUGAAAGUCCUCCUAGGAGAAGAUCGAAGGAAAGGGAAAAAGGAAAAUCAAGGAGAGCAGAUUCGGAUGAAAGUCCCCCGCGUAAGCUUUCCGUAAGUAAAAGCAAUCGGCACAAACAUGAUUCGGAUGAAAGUCCACCUCGGAAGCGAAGGUCUAAAGAAAGGCAAGCACGACGGGAAGAUUCUGAUACGAGCCCGCCACGCAAGCGUGGCCAAAGAGAUGAUUCUGACACUAGCCCACCUCGGAAACAGCGUCCAAACGAUUCAGAUGAGAGCCCUCCCAGGCGAAAAGAAGAUAAAGCACCGGAGAGGCGCAAACAUCGUCGCGUUUCCGAUGAAAGCCCACCAAGACGGCACCGUCAAAAGGAACAUUCUGGCAGAACUGAAAGAAGUGAUGGGAAACGUGAUCAACCAUCUACAUCCAAGUCACGGCAUCGAGCGAAUGGUUCUGAUGAAAGCCCCCCGCGAAGAAAAGAGUCUUCAAAUCGUCGGCGUAAUUCCGACGAAAGUCCACCAAGGCGAAAUCGUCCAAAUGAAUCGGAAGGCCGUUCACGAAGAGAUGCGGAGAGAAGAGAUCAUUCAAGGAAAAGUCCCACUAAUGGACGUCGUCGUAACGAUUCAGAUGAAAGUCCUCCCAGACGUAGAGGACAUGAUGCCAGAGAAAGCUCCUCGCAUCGUAAUUCUGGUGGCCGACCGCAAUCCAAACCGAGUAGAACAACUUCACCUCCGGUGCGCAUAAAACUAGAAAGGCACACUUCCGAUUCCGACCUUUCCCCUCCGAGAAAGUCGGGAAAACCAACGCGCAAAGAUUCGGAUGAAAGUCCGCCGCGCAGAAAAGCAUCCCAAAGACGCUUUUCAAGAAGCCCCGAGCGACACAUAAAGCGGGAAUCUUCACAAAGGAAAGAUUAUCGUGAAAUGGAGCAAAGGAUUAAGCAGGAACCACGGUCUCCUUCACCACGAAGAAAUGAAUCGACGAACCGGAUGACUAAAACGCUCGAUGGCAAGCGUGCCGGAUUGCAGGAUGCAGCAUCACUCCGCGAAGAGAACGAAAAGCAUCGAGCAAGAGAACGCGCAGCAUUGAUGCAAAUGUCCGACGAUGUUUCUGGUCGCUAUGCGGACACGGUGGUACGGGACAAGUCCGGACGUCGACGUGACGUCGAGAAGGAAUUACGUGAAGAGCUCACGAAGCGAAAGCACGAAGAAGAGAAAAAGAAAAUUUAUACCCGCUGGGGUAAAGGCGUGAAACAGGAAGAAGAUUAUAAUGCCAAACUUCAGGAAGCGGCCCGCGAAAUGGAGAAACCAUUGGCACGGUACGCGGACGAUAAGGAUCUGGACGAGUACCUUAAGCAGCAGGAACGGGACGGUGAUCCAAUGUUGGAGUAUUUGCGUAACAAACAGAAGGAGGAAAACAGACGCGCCGGGAUUCCGGAAAAGCCAAUUUAUCAGGGCACAUUCCCAGACAAUCGGUUCGGUUUGCGGCCUGGUUAUCGAUGGGAUGGUGUGGAUCGGUCGAACGGGUUUGAGAAGCGUUGGUUCGAGUCAACCAGCAAGAAGAAAGCGGUUGAGGAAGAGGCGUACAAGUACAGCGUGGAAGACAUGUAG